AGUGACUGCUACUGGGUGUGGAGUUUUCGUUGGGAUGUUGAAAAUGCUUGGAUUAGAUGGUUGCACAACUUUGUGACUAUACUAAAAAUAGAAUAUGCUAAAUACUGAAUUGUACACUUUAAAAGGGUGGAUUUUACAGUGUGUGAAGUAUAUCUUGAUAAAAACUUACUGAUAACACUUAGCUCAUAGUGUUGCUGUUAGAGUUCAUGCAUGGCCAGCACUUGGAACGGGGCCUGGAGCAUAGUGCCGGGUUGUGCCCCUCGCUGGUCCUCUGAGUGCCCUGAGGGGUCACCGUGUCUGUCCUGUUCACACUGUCUCGGGGCCUAGGACCGGGCCUGGUACAGAACAUAUGGCUUAGAGUUUCUGGAGUCCCUCAGACCACAGGGUGAGUCCUGACUCCUUGGGCAAAUUGUUUUGCUGCUCUGAGCCCCAGGCUCCUCAUCUGUAAAAUGGGUCAGUAAUAACAGUGGCGUUGAGGAUCAGAUGAUGCCCGACAUCAGGGUGUGUGAGGUCCCCAAGCCAACGGUCACCUGGCCACACUUGGCCAACGCUGGCACCCAGAGACCGAGCCCCCAGCAGGUACCCCCAGGGCACCAAGCAGGGCUGGAGCAGUUGCUGCUGGUGGCAGCAACUCAACCCACAAGAUACCUCCCAUUGUUCUGGCAGCCUCCCACAAGCCCCACCGGGCUGGGCUCCCUGAGCCUGAGGGAUUGAACACUGGGACACCAGAGCAGAUUCCCAGAGUGACCACAGCCAGCUGUACGACUGCAGGCCAGGCACUGCCUCUUUCUCCCUGAGCCACGGUUUGUUCUACUGUCAGGACCAGCCGGUGGCCUCCAUGGGCGCCUGAGGGCCGGGCGCCAGGGCCUUGGGCACGAGCAUGGUGAGACACCAGCCCCUGCAGUACUAUGAACCACAGCUGUGCCUCUCCUGCCUCACAGGCAUCUAUGGCUGCCGCUGGAAACGCUACCAGCGCUCCCACGAUGACACUACACCGUGGGAGCGCCUCUGGUUCCUGCUCCUCACCAUCACCUUCGGCCUCACGCUCACCUGGCUCUACUUCUGGUGGGAAGCUCACAAUGACUACGACGAAUUCAACUGGUACCUCUACAACCGCAUGGGCUACUGGAGUGACUGGUCCGUGCCCAUUCUCAUGACCACAGCCGCCGCCUUCACUUACAUUGCGGGCCUCCUGGUCCUGGCACUAUGUCACAUCGCUGUGGGGCAGCAGAUGAACCUGCACUGGCUGCACAAGAUAGGACUGGUGGUCAUCCUGGUGUCCACGGUGGUGGCCAUGUCAGCCGUGGCCCAGCUGUGGGAGGACGAGUGGGAGGUGCUGCUCAUCUCCCUGCAGGGCACAGCGCCGUUCCUGCACGUGGGGGCCCUGGCUGCCGUCACCGCGCUCUCCUGGGUCGUGGCAGGACAGUUCGCCCGCGCAGAGCGGUCCUCCUCCCAGAUGGCCAUUCUCUGUACCUUCUUCGCCGUGGUGUUUGCCCUCUACCUGGUCCCUCUCUCCAUCUCCUCUCCCUGCAUCAUGGAGAAAAAGGACCUGGGCCCCAAGCCUGCCCUCAUCGGCCACCGCGGGGCCCCCAUGCUGGCCCCAGAGCACACGCUGAUGUCCUUCCGGAAGGCCCUUGAGCAGAAGCUGUAUGGACUCCAGGCUGACGUCACCAUCAGCCUGGACGGCGUGCCCUUCCUCAUGCAUGACGCCACCCUGCGGCGCACCACCAACGUGGAGGAGGAGUUCCCGGAGCUCGCCCGCAGGCCCGCCGCCAUGCUCAACUGGACUGUCCUACAGAGGCUCAAUGCCGGCCAGUGGUUCCUGAAGACGGACCCCUUCUGGACUGCCAGCUCCCUGUCGCCCUCCGACCACAGGGAGGCCCAGAACCAGUCCAUCUGCAGCCUAGCAGAGCUCCUGGAGCUGGCCAAGGGCAAUGCCACGCUGUUGCUCAACCUGCGCGACCCGCCGCGGGAGCACCCCUACCGCGGCAGCUUCCUCAAUGUCACGCUGGAGGCCCUGCUGCGCUCGGGCUUCCCCCAGCACCACGUCAUGUGGCUGCCUAACAGGCAGAGGCCCUUGGUGCGGAAGGUGGCUCCUGGCUUCCAGCAGACGUCCGGCUCCAAGGAGGCGGCUGCCAGCCUGCGGAGAGGCCACAUCCAGCGGCUGAACCUGCGCUACACGCAGGUGUCCCGCCAGGAGCUCAGGGACUAUGCAUCCUGGAACCUGAGCGUGAACCUCUACACGGUCAACGCACCGUGGCUCUUCUCCCUGCUGUGGUGCGCGGGGGUCCCGUCCGUCACCUCCGACAACUCCCACACCCUGUCCCAGGUGCCUUCCCCCCUCUGGAUCAUGCCCCCGGACGAGUACUGUCUCAUGUGGGUCACCGCCGACCUGAUCUCCUUCAUCCUCGUCGUUGGCAUUUUCGUGCUCCAGAAGUGGCGCCUGGGUGGCAUACAGAGCUACAACCCUGAGCAGAUCAUGCUGAGCGCUGCGGUGCGCCGGACCAGCCGAGACGUCAGCAUCAUGAAGGAGAAGCUCAUCUUCUCAGAGAUCAGCGAUGGCAUGGAGGUCUCCGAUGAGCUCUCUGUUUGUUCAGACAACAGUUACGACACAUACGCCAACAGCGCCACCACCCCUGUGGACCCCCGAGGGAGGGGCAGCCGCGCCAAGACCUUCACAGACCGGAGUGGGCGUUAGCUGAAGACCUGUCUGUCCCAGCCUGUACCAAACGUGGAGACCAGGAACCCAGGAGAGCUGGCAGGAGCAUAUCUGGACUUGGAGUGCUCUGGGAGCUGGCUCCAAGGCCUCCUCGUUGGCUCCAGCCUCUUGUCAGCCAUGGCCUCUCUUGGAGGGGGCACCCCUCUCCCCUGAGGCCCAGGUGGGCCAGGACUCCAGCCUCUCAGAUGCCCCUGCAGGCCUGGGGCUCCCUCUGGGAAGUUUGGGGCCCGGGGCCUGGUCCUCCCUCUUAGGCCCUCCUUGCAUCGUGAUCUGGAAGCUUUGAUGGGUCACUGGGCCAUCCCAUGCCCCCUGUGGAUGGAGGAUGUGGAUGCCCACGUGUGUCCGUCCUCCUGUCCAUGCUGUGAGGCAGCUGACUUCUCUGUGUUUCUCCUGCCUUGAGGGCCUGGGCAGGGCCUCCACCGUCAGCAGCUCUGCUCCUCACGUCCAUCUCAAAGCACAAGGAGGUUCGGCCCAGGAGAAAGCCUGCUGUGGUGGUGGAGACACUCCUCCGCCCCCACCAGCCUCCCACCGCCGCCAUCCCUGCCCCAGGAGAGGGCCUGAGCCAUGUCCUGUAGGAGCAGCUAGAGAUGCCAAAAGGGCAGGCUCAGGGCUGCUCGAUCCUGUGCCCAAGUGUCCAACAGGCGUCUGGGGCAGAGUGGCCUGGAGUCCACAGACUGACAUGACUUCAAGUUUCCACAUCAGUGGCCAAAGGGCAGGGGCCAUCUGGGAAAAGUGUUCUGGGCAUGUACAAGGGUGGGUGUGUGGCCAAGGAAGCCUGCAGUGGAGGGAGCCCGAGGGGCCUUGGCCAACAUGAUUAAUGCUGCCAUCUUGACAUGUGUCCUCUCGGAUUUGUCCGUGUGGGGGGCGGGGGGACAGAGCUUGCUGGGUUUGAGAUUCAGUUUGGGCCCCAUCAUUUGAGGAGGAACCAUUCUCAGAAAUGAAUGGGAGAGUGGCAGGGUGGCUGAGCCCUACCCUGCGUCACCAUGGCACCAGGGGUUCCUUAACAGCCCUGGGGGGGGAACCAGUACCCCUAUAUUGUGGUGGGGGAGACAGUCCUGGAGAGUUAAAAUGACCGUCCAAGGUGACAGAACUUAGAACAGGUAAAGCCAGAAUCCCAUGCAUGCUCUUGCCCCAGUGUGUCCAUGCGCCUUCCAUAAGCAGCGGGAAUGGCAUGGCAGGUGGGGAGGGCUUCUGGGUCCCAUACAGGCCUGGGCAGUGGGACUAGCAGGUCCCCUCACGGCCACAUGGAGGCUCUGAGCCCCUGGCCUAUGGAGGGACGGGCCCUCAGCCAGCAGAUGCCUCUCCCCCAUGGUGGCGGUCUGGCUUUGACUUCUCAGGGCUUUGGACCUGACCGAAGAGGGCCCACCCCCAUUCCUGCCACAGUGGGGCACCUGGGCUGAAAGCUAAAAUACAGCCCCUGAGACCACAGAUGUCCCUUCCUGUCUUUCAGUCCUUGGACCUCUGCCCUCUGCCCCCUGUGGGAAGGGCUUGGCAGCAGAGUCAGGGCAGGUCUGUAACUCCCAUCUUUGUCCUACGAGUCUGCGUGGUCUUGGGUGUGUCCUAAGGGAGAAGGAGGUGAACCCCUGCUCCAGCCUGCAUUAAAUAAAAGUGGUGCCUCCUGAAAGCCAAGGGGUGUGUCUCUUCUCC